AAAUAUUUUGUGACAUACUUCUGAGUCUUACGAAUCCUCUGAGCUAAGAUGACAGGAUUUCAAUGAAUGACAAUGUAACUGACGGAAAAAAUACUCUUAAAAGUAUAUAUUUCUUUCCCACGGUAAAAUUGAAAAGAGUCUAAAUUAACGAGUAUUGGGUCAUUGAUACCCCGCCACACACACAUUAAUUAGCCGGCCUCAGAUGUUCACAAACCACCACUGAGCUGCUGAUGAUUCAGUCUGACACGAACUACCGAACAAGUGGACUAGUUUUCUUAAACUUCUUUCUUUUGGUCACGAUGGGUUCCAAUGAUGAAUUAGUGAAAUUGUGGCUUUCUGCUGAUGCUGUUUGUUUCGAUGUUGACUCCACUCUUUGCAAAGAAGAAGCAAUUGAUGAACUUGCAAAGUUCUGUGGAGUUGGUGAAGAAAUUAGAAAAUGUACCAUUGAAGCAAUGAAUGGUAACAUCAGCUUCCAAGAUGCAUUAAGAACUAGGUUAAAUAUUAUUAAACCAAGUAAAAGUAUUCUUAAACAGUUUAUAGAAACUCAUCCACCAAAAUUAACCGAUGGAGUCAAAGACCUGAUACUUAUACUACAGAAAAAAAACAUUGAUAUCUAUCUUAUUUCGGGAGGAUUCCGUACCAUCAUUGAGACUGUCGCCAAAGAAGUGAACAUUCCAAAAGAUCAUAUAUUUGCAAACAGGUUGCAGUUUGAUCAAGAUGGUAAUUAUGUUAGUUUUGAUAAAGCAGAGCUCACAGCCAAGAGUGGUGGUAAAGGACAAGUGAUUCAACUUUUGAAAGAUAAACAUAAUUAUAGCAAUUUAAUUAUGAUCGGUGAUGGUGCAACUGACAUGGAAGCUUCUCCUCCUGCUGAUGCUUUUAUUGGUUUUGGAGGUAAUGUUGUGAGGAAGAAAGUGAAGGAAGAAGCAAAAUGGUUUGUGAUGUCUUUUGCAGAAUUAACUAAUGUAUUUAAAAAUGGUUCCAAUAAUAUGGAGGUGUAAAAGAAUCUGCAAUUGACUGAAAUAUUGAAGUGCCGGCCUAUGGCUUAAUAACAAGAUUGUAAAUCCUCUGUAGUCUACAGAUGGUGGUUUCAAACCCUAACUACAUAUCUACAUGAGACUAUCUGAGAGCUUUUUUAACAAAGUCCAACAAGAAAGAAUCUAUUCUCACCAGGAACCCUUGGAAUGAGAUAAAACCCUGCCACAUAUCAUUAAAAAUAAGACUCGAAACACAA